AUGGGAGGAUGGGAUAAAUCAAAAGCCUUGAAGCUUGAAACAACUCCAGCUGAAUUUCCUUGGUGGCAUGGUGAAGCAACGGUACCCAAAGGCCAGGAUAUUGAGUACAAGUUUGCCAUUGUUGGGGCAGCUGGUUUUACAUGGGAAAAUGGUUACAAUCGAAAUCUCAACAUCCCAAUGAACAAGGAUCAAUUGGAGUUCAAUGCUCUGACUUUUGGACAAGCAGAAAGGGAAAAUUCUGAUUCUGAGAGCCAAGCAUAUGAGUACGAGACUUCGAUGUACCAGUCAACAGAUUUGUGCGGUGGUCAAACAGUUACCGCUUCCCAUACCGCUUCCUAUGUUGAGCAGCCUAAAGAGAAAAGUCUCUCUCGUAUGCGGGGAACAACGGGAGAGUCAAGCCUCGAACAAACCAGCCAAAUCAAUGGGCAGAGAGAUCCAUCCAAAAUAUCACAUAAAGCAGAAACUGAGUUCGUUGCAAGUUCGAAUCAGAACCUGCCUUCUGUGAGCAAUGCAUCCGUGACUGAUGAUGGAGCUGUGAACAAGAAACCAGCGCGCUUCUUAUCGGUUCUCAAAACUGGCCUUGGGAUUCUCACGCUCCCUAUCACAGUACCUGUUGGCGGUGUUUUUGCAUUGUGCGUAGGAUUAUGCAAUUUAGUCUAUAGAACGCUUUCGAGCAUUUCAGCGAUGAUGUUCGAUCAUUCUUCGGAGGAGUUUGAAAAGGUCUUGAUUAAGACUGUGCAAAACAUGGAGGUCACAAUGAAAAAAAUGGAACGCAGCUUGAUGGAGUCAGAAGAGGCAGUCAAGAGGAGGGUAGAAGAGAUCAAAGAUCUGGAAGCAAAUUAUGUUGAAGAGCACAAUCGUUACCUUCAAGUGCUUCAGGAGCGAAAUGCAAGUGAAACCAGCUUUGUCAGCAUUGCAGCUGCUUUGAGGAAAGAUUUGACUGAGAUGGAGGAGACAGCAAGCAAAAGCCUGAAACGAAGCAAGGAGGAAUACACAGCCUACUUUGAGAAUAUUAAACAAGAAAUGGCACAAUCUUUGAGCAAGUUUUCAAGAGACCUGCAAGAUUUGGGCUCUUCAACUCUCACUGAGUCUCAGAAAUUGCGUUCAAAUUUUGAUGCAGCAUUGGAAAAUCAUUCCAGGCGUUUGCAGGAGUCAAUGGAUCUAUGCUUGAAGUUUGAUCACGAGCUUUCACAUACCAGGAAGCAUGUGAAGGAGGUAGAGAGCAACCUAGAAAAGAUGAUGAACGACCAGUCUCAGAGAGUUGAUGCACUCAAAGGAGAAGUUUCAAGCAUGCAAAAUGAAUACCAUAACAAGCUCGCCAGAGUGACAGCUUCUUCUGAUAAGCUUACAUCGGAACUUUCGCAAGCAAAGACAGAUCUAAUUACCUUGAGGACGCACAAUCAUGAAAUUCAAAGGAAGAUUGUCAACAUUUCUGAAAACUCGAGGAUGAUGGUUCCUCGAAGCCUUGCGCAAGGUCAAAAUAUCACGACAAAAGCUCAGCAUAUUGAAUUUGUCAGAAGUGAAUUGAACAAAGUUCGUAGAUUCCAUGCAGAAGAAAUCAAUCGCUUGGAAAGUAUGCUAAAUGCUCUUUCAGCGACAGCCCCAAGCGAGACUUCCAUCUUGGCAGACGAGCUGAUCGAAAAAUCUGUGAGGCCUACGGCGAAGGAUAACAAAAAACUCAGCGAUUUCGACAAACUUGCAAGUUUUUGCAGUAAUUCAGUAAGCGAAAGCGAUCAUCAUGAGGGCGAGAAUCAAGUCCUUCACUCAGAGAUGUUUUCAGAAUCUUUGAAGGCUGAAUCCAUGAAGGAUACUUGCGAGAAUUCAGCAUCAAAACAUUCGGAAAUCACCUCGCAUGUCGUACAAAGCAAGGAAAUGGCUGCAGAGAGGGAAGACAUCAGCAAGUUGGAACUUGCGAAACCGGAUCCCAAAAAUGACGAAAAGAGAGUUGAAACCUCUACAAUCUCCAGCCAAGAAGGCCCUACAGAGAAAAUCAAAUGCGCGGAUCCGAUCAAGGAUGCAGAUGUCAAGUUGGAAUGCUUUGCUGUGCGACCAUCACACACUCAAGACGAAGUACAAGCACAACAAAUUGAUAGCAGCUCAAGAGCGGAUGACAGCGAUGGAGAAUGUGUUGAACAUGCGCACGAACGUGUCUCCGAGCAGUUGCUGAAUGCAAAGCUUGAGGGGAACGAGCAAGAUGAAGGAGGAUUGUUCUGUGCGGUAGAGCCUUACCUAAAUUUGAGCCCCAAGAGUAAGCAGGCCAGGGCCCGUUUGAACACGAAGGAAAGAAAACUAACGCAUGCGAGGCCUUCGAUGGCGUCCAAGGGUACCGCGGUGAAGUUGUAA